GAAUUCGACAUACCAAAGUGUUCUAAUAAGACCCAAACAGAAAAAAAUAGAAAAUGAAAGUGUUUGUAUUAGUCAGCGUAGUGCUGAUCAACCUGCUGCCAGUGUAUGCCGAUCAGACGGAUUUCAAUCACAUCAACUCGGAUGGAUCCUUUGCGUUUGGGCUGAAAAACUCCGACACACCCGGGGGACACUACCAUACGGCCAGCGGUAACCCGAAAACCAUCGUGCGGGGACGCUACGGAAGCCGCCAGCCGGAUACGGGGCGCGUCGAGGAAACGGUCUACACGGCGGGACCGCGCGGCUUUCGUGCCCGCGGGCCAAAGAUCCACCGCAAGCAGAGCCUAUCGCAGGUGCAACGCGGCCCGAUCGGCACCCCGGAGGAUCCGCUGGCCGACCCGUACGAUGAUCCCAGCUACGAUUUCCAGUUCAAAACACGCAACUACCAGCGGCGCGAAGGUUCGGACAGCAAUGGGCGCGUAAACGGGCUCUAUACGUACAUCGACGAUGUGGGAGAGAAGCACUCCGUACGCUACACAGCCGGCUCGGGCACCGGGUACGAGGUAGCGAACCCUGUCCCGGAUGCACCGAACACGAUCGCGUACGAAAGUCCACUGUACAAGACGCACAAGCAGGUUCGCGGUAAGGUCGCGUUCGAGAGUGGACCGAGUGGUUCGGGACAGUACAAGUUGCUCUCUGUCGGGCCCGAUCAGCGGCGGGCAGAGACGACCGGUCCGGACGGUGUGACGCGCGGCUCCUACUCCUAUCUGGACGAUAAGGGUGUGCAGCGAACGGUACAGUAUAUUGCCGGUGCCGGCAUCGGUUACAAGGUGGUCCAGAGUACGGUCGGCGCUGGGACGCAUCGGUUACAGCAGCCCAACUUUGGCAUUAGCCACGUGGAGCAGAGUGAAAUCGGUGACAAUAACAAUCCUUCCUAUCAGACGGCUCCCUCGGGACCUGCCAGCGAGCGGCCCGGUACGUCCGGCGCGGGGUACGAUCAUGUCGCUCGUCCGUCCGCCGGUGGGUAUGAUGGUGGUUCGAGCCGUCCGACGGCUCCUGGUGGAUCGUACGAUCCUCCAACGGGACCAUCGGGGGCUGGCAGUAGCUACCCGGAUGGGCCAAAGCCAGGAAUUCCCGGCUAUCCGGAGAGCAGUCGCCCAACGGGACAAGGAUACGACGAGGAAGACUUUGACAGCAAGCGUCCUACAACGAGCUCUCCAAGCCUUCGUCCACCCACCACCGAUCGACCGACGGGACCUAGUGAUUCGAGCGAGACGUCUCGCGAGAAGUAUCCUCCUUCCAGCGAUCCUACCGACCACGAUCUGGGAGGCUAUGGGGAGGACAGUAUCAUUGGGCUGCUUCCACCCAAAUACGACUACGAAGCGCAACCGGGAGCGGGACCAAGCGCGUCCGAUCACGACGAUCACGAUACACCCUCCCUGUCCGGUCCGUUCGAUGUGGCGAUCUCCAGCGGCCCUUCCGGUCCGGCUCCCUACCCAAGCUUCGGUGAAUCGGCCCCGGGCACGAACGCUUACAACUCGAACGACUUUUCCGGCUUCCCGGAGGUAACGUACGAUCAGAAAAAGCUCGAGGAGGAUCGCAAGAAGGAUUGGCGCGAUUUCGCCAAAGACUCGACGAUCAUUAAGAAUGUGGGCGAUUGGUAUGUGGGGCUUGCGCCGGGCGCUUCCGUGCGGGCGCAUAUACAGAACAUCGAUCUGCUGCCGUACGGUGGGCGAGCUCCGUCGCCCGGUGAUGCCUUGCGCCGUGACACGCAGGCGCAGGCCAAGUCGGACCGUUCGGGCGGUCGGAAAGCGUACGAUGGGCGGUAGACGGCAGCUUUAGUUGUCGGUGGGGCGAGCUUUAGUGAUGUAAAUAAAUUAUUACACAUGAGUAUUAUAGAAAUAAACUCGAUCGUUGGAUCGAAAGAGGAAUGUUUUCAAUAAAAA